UAAUAAAUUAUCAAAUUAUCCUGCCUACCCGUAUUUGGCAAUUUUAAACACUUCUAAUUAUGAAUGGACAGCACCAAAAGCAAUAAAUUCUAUUGGACCUGUAGCCAAACAUACAUCAAUCAUAAUUGAAAAUUAUAUGAUUCUAGCAUUUGGUGUAAACGUAACAGAUGAUGAGUUUAUUCGGAAUAUCUAUAAAAUGGACAUAUCAAAUCCAUCAAUUUAUAAAUGGUCAUUAUUAUCUCGUUAUAAUGAUUAUUAUUCUUUACCAGGUUUUCUGGAAUAUAUUUACAAUCGCCUAAUUGGUAAAAUAAUUAUUAUUGGAAUUGUUUUUUUGGUUAUGGCAAUUGUGAGAUUUUUGGUUGUGGCAAUUGUGGGAUUUGUGGGAUUUCUUUUUAAAAACGAUCGUAAUAAUGUUACAUCUAAUCAAUCCGACUAUGGAUCAAUUACUCCAGUGUGA